UAAUAGUCUCAAUUUCUCAUCUUUCGCUAAUCUCCAAUUCUUAGUACUUAAAUGUAAUCAACUUAUUGGUUCCAUUCCCAAUGAAAUUGGAAUGUUAAAGGAAGUAGUUGAACUUGACUUGUCGAGCAACCAUCUCUCUGGUAAUAUCCCUGCCACCAUAGGAAAUAUGACCAAUUUACACCAUCUUUACCUUUUUUCCAAUCAAAUCUCAGGAUCCAUCCCAUGGGAAGUAGGGAAACUCUACUCUAUGGAGACAUUGCAUUUAUCAGAGAACAAUAUAUUAGGUUCAAUCCCAUCCUCUAUUUGGAAGUUGGCUAAUCUAAGCAACUUCUAUGUUUAUCAAAAUAACCUUUCUGGAUAUAUUCCUUCUAGUAUUGGAAACUUGACAAGGCUCUCCAUCCUAGCAUUGGGACGAAACAAUCUUUUAGGAUUUGUUCCUUCUAGUAUUGGAAAUUUGACAGAGCUCACCUAUAUAAAUUUGUGUGGAAACAAACUUAGUGGCAACCUUCCAUCAGAAAUGAAUAACUUGAGGAAAUUAGGAUCCUUGCAAAUUGGAGAAAAUAGUUUCGAAGGUCAUUUCCCUCAAGACAUCUGCAUGGGAGGAUUGCUUGAUAUGAUCAGUGCACAUAGGAAUCAUUUCACCGGUCCAAUUCCUAGAAGUUUGAGGAACUGCUCUAGCCUUAUUAGAGUUAGGCUUGAAAGUAAUCAAUUGACAGGAAAUAUCACAGAUGCUUUUGGUGUAUGUCCACACUUAAACUACAUUGAUUUAAGUAACAAUGCACUUUAUGGCCACUUGUCACCCACAUGGGGGCAGUGCCAUAACCUUACAAGCUUCAAGAUCUCAAAUAAUAACUUAUCUGGCGGCAUACCAAUAGAGCUAAGUGAGGCAACAAAGUUACAGCAACUUCACUUUUCAUCAAAUCACUUGACAGGAAAUAUUCCAAGGGAAUUGAGUCGCUUGUCAUUAUUGAGUGAACUUAGGCUGAGCAAUAAUCAACUUUCAAGAAACAUUCCUAUUGAGAUAGGAUUGUUGACAAAACUUGAACAGUUAAGUCUAGCUAACAAUCACUUAAGUGGCUCAAUUCCAGAACAACUGGGAGGGUUGACCAAAUUAUGGGAAUUGAACAUAAGUGGAAAUAAGUUCUUCAGCAUUCCCAUUACUUUUGGUCGAUUGCAACAGCUUCAGUCUCUUGAUCUUAGUGGAAAUUCAUUUACCGGCAGAAUCCCAACAAUGCUUGGAGAGCUACAACGAUUGGAAAAGUUGAACCUCUCAUGUAACAAUUUCUCUGGAAUGAUUCCUUCAUUUUUUGAUGAUUUGAAAAGCUUGACUAUGAUUGACAUAUCACACAAUAAAUUAGAAGGUCCACUUCCAAAUAUUUCAGCCUUUCGUGCAGCUACAAUGGGGAGAUUAAUAGGCAACAAAGGAUUAUGUGGUAAUCUAUCUGGCCUACCAAUUUGCCCAACAACAAAUUUUGACCCAAGCCAUUCCAAGAGUAGGAAAGUGGUGGUCUAUGUUGUAUCCUUUAGUUUGGGAGCUGUGAUGCUAGCAACAUUUUUCGCUGGCAUUUCAUAUAUUAUUUUCCAUCACAAAGCAAGGAAAACAGAAAGUCAAGAAAGAGAAGUGCAAACUCAAAAUUUGUUUGCUAUAUGGAGUUAUGAUGGGAAAUUAGUAUAUGAAAACAUUAUUGAAGCCACGGAGGAGUUCAAUGAAAAAUAUCUCAUUGGGGAGGGAGGAUUUGGAAGUGUCUAUAAAGCAGAAUUAUCCACAGGUCAAGUUGUGGCUGUGAAGAAGCUUCAUUCAGUACCAGCCAGGGAUAUGUGUCAUCAAAAAGAUUUUAUGAGUGAGAUUAGAGCCUUGACAGAAACUAGGCAUCAUAAUAUCAUCAAGCUAUAUGGGUUUUGCUGGCAUUCAAAAGUCUCUUUUUUGGUUUAUGAAUUCUUAGAAGGAGGCAGCUUGGACAAGAUACUAAGAGAAGAGACACAAGCAAUUGCUUUGGAUUGGACUAAAAGAAUCAAAGUUGUUGAAGGUAUGGCUAAUGCUUCAUGCUAUCUUCAUCAUGGAUGCUCACCUCCGAUAGUUCAUCGUGACCUAUCAAGCAAAAAUGUUAUUUUAGAUUCAGAUUAUGAGGCUCAUAUCUCUGACUUUGGGGCAUCCAAGCUUUUAUAUCCAGAUUCUACCAAUUGGACCUCAUUUGCUGGCACCUUUGGCUAUGCCGCUCCAGAACUUGCUUACACAAUGGAAGUGACGGAGAAAUGUGACGUUUAUAGCUUUGGAGUGUUGGCUCUGGAAACAAUUAUGGGAAAGCAUCCAAGAGAUCUCAUAAUGUCAUGUUUCUCAUUAACAUCUUCUAGUGCAGCACCAACAAUAGUUGCUCAUGAUUUGGAUUUAAAGGGAGUGUUAGACCAAAGGCUCCCUUAUCCUCGAGGCUUAGUGGCUGAGAAGGUGAUGUUGAUUGCAAGAAUUGCUUCUACUUGCUUGAAUGAAAAUCCACGUGCUCGCCCAACCAUGGAGCAAGUAUGUAAGGAGCUUGCCAUGCCAAAAUCACAUUUCUCUGGUUCCAUUCCAUAGCUUCAUAUAAGUUAUGUUGGAGAUCUCAACUGAAAAUAAGAUCAUCACAAUGUGAUGAUGUGUGGUGUAUUAUUGUCUUCACACUUAAUGUGUCCCCCUAGUCUACUUGUGUUUUACCUUUUGGAUAAGGACCAACCCAAAAUAAUAAUUAAAUAUUGUGUGAUUAAGUUCA